AUGAUAUUUUAAAAGGCUCGAGGAAUCCCUUUUUUUGGCAUCCAUCAUUCUUUUUAGAAGUUUUCCUUGUGGUUACUGCCUGCAUUAUACUUAUUAGCAUGCUUCAUAUGAAAUUUCUGUAAAUCAGCCUGAUAGUAUUGGAAAUAAAUAUUUAUGCAUAUAUUCAGGACAUUUUAGUAUAGGAGAAGUGCUUAUUAGAUUGUUGAUUUACGAUUUUAAAUGUGAGAUCUUACCAAAUAUGGUGUGUACUGCAACAAAUGAUCUACCCUUGUAUCCUAUAUCUAAAUAUUGGUAGUCAUUUUUUAAGGUCUCUUUAUGUUUUCUCCUUUUACUUCUUGAUAGGUCUCGGAUUUGUAACUUCUAUUACAUUCAUCUUCUUGAUUGGAAUAUUCAUGUCAUCAUGGUUGGGAGCAUCUGUCCUCGGCCUUGGUGAGUGGAUUAUCAAGCAGAUGCCGUUUGUUCGCCAUAUCUACAAUGCCUCCAAGCAAAUUAGUUCUGCUAUUUCACCAGAUCAGAACACACAGGCCUUCAAGGAAGUAGCCAUCAUAAGGCAUCCACGUCUUGGAGAAUAUGCAUUUGGGUUCAUCACUUCAUCCGUUAUUCUGCAGAACUUCUCUGGGGAAGAAGAGCUAUGCUGUGUCUAUGUUCCCACGAAUCAUCUUUACAUUGGUGAUAUAUUCCUCAUCAAUACAAAGGAUGUUAUCAGACCGAAUUUAUCAGUUCGUGAAGGAAUUGAAAUUGUUGUGUCCGGGGGAAUGUCAAUGCCGCAAACCCUAUCAACAUUAGGUUCGCGGUUGCCCCUUGAGAGAAGUAGGUCUGACAUAAGCUGAGGUUUAAUGUGGCGGUUGUAGAGUUUUUAUUUAUUGGUUUUUCCCCUGGUUUGAGAUUGAAGUCAACAGAGUGCCCCACGCAAUCAAUGUUUCGGUAAUGCGGGAUUCAGAAUGAGAUUGCAAAUUUUGUAUAAACUUAAUGCUUAACUCAAUUGAUUCAUUCAAGUUCUGUGGUUAAAAAUAUUACUCAUAAAUUUCUUUGGUUUGUGUAUGAUA